AUGCCUCCGACGUUAUCCAAGCGCGCUAAAAUUGCGAUUGUUGUUGCGGCAACAGUAAUGCCGCCACAAAUAUCACGAAAAAAAAGAAAGGAGUGGGCAAAAACAUAUUUAAAAAACCGUGAUGAAUUUAGUCACAUGAAGUUAAUCAAAUCGCUCGAUUGCGAAGACUUCCGUAUAUACUUGCGACUAGAUCACGAAACCUUUGAGGAACUCUUAAAUUUGGUUAAACCUCUAAUCACGAAAACUGAUACUGUGAUGAGGAAAGCUGUUACUGCUGAAGAGCGACUUAUUGCAACGAAAAAGAGUCGCCCCUAUAUGACUAGAAAUUGUGUUGAUUUUGAAGAUGUCGAACAACACACCUUCCGACCAGGAGAUUGGCGACAAAACGAUAUCUCCAUCGGUCUUCGUAGUGAAAGGGAGCGCACAGAAGUUGGGAGACAAGUUCGCCAAAUAUUUACUGAUCACUUUAAUGGCGAAGGUCGUGUUGAUUUUCAAGAAAGGAUGAUAAAUGUGUUGAAUAUUUAA